AUGGUCCGGGAUUUAAGCCGAGCGCGACAAAGUCAGCUGGGCCGGGGUACGCAGAGUCAAUUGGGCGAGCUGGCAGGCGAGGAAUGUGGGGGAUCCCAGUUCAGUGCACCCUUCGGCAGUCCCAGUCGUACGCUCCCCCCGCCGGCCAGUAUCCGGGAGGGCCACUUCUCACCGACAAUCGAGCAGUUGACUCAUCUCCAUCCUCGAGGACCAUCGCUUGGUGAAGCUUCGGUCGCAGCCAGCCUGCGUGCACAUUCUCUCAUGGACAGCAUUCGAGUCCGCAGGUCUGAGGCGCCUUCUCAUGGGAUGGGCGGACAGACGGGGCCAGCAUCGGUGGCGGGCAGCGGAAAGGCACGCUCGACUCGGACGGUCGCCAGUAGACACGAAUCCUUGGCCGCCCCAAAACCUUCCGCCCCUGCAACCAUCCGCACCCAAUCCCUCGCACCCAGUAAUCGUGCUUCGCAGGCUCCCCCCAGUAACCGCGCCCAAUCCGUCACUCCUAGUGCACGCAACCCCUCUCGUGCACCAAGCCAACACGAACCCUCGGCUGGCGCGAAUUCCCAGAAUCCUGCUCCCACCGGAAGCGUCAAAGCACCAUCCAAGGCUGGAUCUGUCACAGGCACUCCGAAGACAAAAUCGGUCGCCGGAAGCGCUAGAGCUCCAUCAAUCUCUGGAGCUGCUCAAGCCGCAUCGAUCGCGGGAACCGUUAAGGCACCAUCAGUUGCGGGAAGCAAUCUCAGAUCGGCUGCUGGAACUGCUAAAGCUCCAUCUCUAGCGGGGAGUAAACGGGCAGGCACGACUGGGGGAAGUAUCCGGGCUCGAUCUGAGGCGGCAGAGGUCUCACCUGGAUCGGGCUCGGUUGCGGGAACGGUCAAGGCACCAUCAAUUAUGGGGAGCCAGACGGGAGGAUCAAUCUCAGGAGCUGCUAAAGCUGCAUCUCUAGCAGGAAGUAAGCGGGCAGGAACGACAGCGGGAAGUGUCCGGGCACCAUCGGAGGUAGUAGUCGAGAAGACGAUGUCCCCAGGUUCGGCAAUCAGCGAGCGUCCGGAAUCGAUUGAUCCUCCCAGCGUGGCUGAAGACGGAGUCGGAGGGGAGGGGGAACCGGGGGGAGAAGGAGCCGGAGGGGAGGGGGAGCAGGGUGGAGAAGACGCCGCCGGAGGGGAAGAGGAAGCCGGAGGGGAGGGGGAAGCCGAAGGGGAGGGGGAACAGGGGGGCCAUGAAGAAGCCGCGGAAGAGCAACCGGCCCCGGCCGACCCGCCAGCCGAGGAUCUCCCCGCCGCCGACGAUCCUUCACCCCCCGCGCCCAUCGCCAAGUCUGGACCGGCCUCCGUUCUCGGCUCGCUCGCGGGAGAAAUCAUUGGCGGAGAGCCUGGAGAAGGCUCCAAGAUCGUCGUCGAGGAAGAAGAGGAUCCCAGUUUGAGUGCCCUUCUCCUGCUCUCCUUUCUCCUUUCUGUGCACGAGAUCUCCUAAACGAGAGGAAGAGAGAGACUUACUCUUCUCUUGCUCGCCCUUCUCUCUCUCUCUCCCUUGUUCGUUUUUUUUUCUUGCUGUGCAAAUCGAUGACUCCGGUUCGGAUCGCGAAGAGCCCGUCUUGAAACGUCCGAUCG